AAUGUGGUAAAAUAAUUGUUUCUAAGUAUAGCUUAUGGGAUUUACAUGCGAAUAAAUGUCCUUUUAUUAUCGGAAUAGGCUCCAAUAUGAAAAAAAAAUUAGCUGGGGUUGGAAGUAGGGCCAGCAAUUCAGCAUUUUCAGACUGUAGAAUCUUUUUUCGGAUAACCGACCCUAGUAACCCUAGUGGCCCUAAAUCUUAUUUUUUCCUAAGGACAAUAGGGACAUUAGGAACAAAGAUAGAAGAAAGAAAUCAAAAAGCUCCAGAAAGUCAAAAGGCCGGCCCUAGUAAUAACCCCAACGGAUCAACAAUCAUCUGUGAUUCCACUCAUCAUUGUGUGGGUCCACUUUCUAAAAGCACAUCACCACCUCCCUCCUCUGAUUAUGGCAAGAUCAACAAAGAGGGUUUGGCACUUAUUGAGAAAUUUGAAGGCUUUAGAGAGAAUUUUUAUACAGAUCCAUCGAAUCAGGGUAUUAAAACCAUUGGCUUUGGUCAUGCUUGCCAUGUUGAUCCAAACAAGUGCAACAAUAUUCAUCCUCCGAUCACUCGUGCUCAAGGAGAGGUUAUUCUCUUGAAUGAUUUAGUGACGUUUGAAAAGUGUGUUACCUCGCUUACCACUUUUAAAGUCAACUCUAAUCAAUUUUCCGCGUUGGUCUCACUUUCCUUUAACAUUGGCUGUCCUGCCUAUCAAGAUUCCACAUUACGCAAACUUCUUAAUGCUGGUAAUACUAAAGGUGCAUCUGGAGAAUUUGGAAGGUGGGUUUAUAGCGGCAAAAAAGUAUUGGAUGGUUUAGUUGCUCGCCGUCAAGCCGAGAGGAAUCUAUUUUGCAAAAAUGGUGGAUGCUAA